ACACGCACGCCUGCAGCCUGCUGCAUGGCAUAUGCCAACUUUGUGAAGCAAGCUUUGCAUUUGCAUCACUACAAGCUGAAGCAUCCAGAUGCUGAGGAUCUCCCAAAGUGGACAUCUAAUCAUGAAUUGAUGCUCAUUAAAGAGAUGAUCAGAUCCCCUGCCAAUACGCUGGUGGUGAUGGACUUCAGGUCAAUGAUGGCCCUACCGGAGUUUGAAGGCUUCAGUGACAGCUACCUGCGACGCAUGGCGCGUGAUGCUAUUGCUGCCUGGGUGCCUCUUCCACAGCGGCGCAACCUCGACGACUCGCUGGACUACCUAGCUACUCACAUCCUGCCAAAGCUCGAGCGCAAGCUUGACAACCACUCCAGAGUGUUGAAGCAGAUUAAUCUCUACCUCCAUAAUAUUUCCAAUUUGAGAGAUUAG